UUGAUAAUUGGUUUGGUACCGUACCGUGUGAAUGUGAAUUAGUGAGUGAAUAAUAUCUUUUAGCCCUUUGUUGUAAAUAAUAAAAUAAAAUUCAUGGUUCCCUUUUAGGUACUUAAUGAAGUUUAUGUAUUAAGUACAAAAAAAAGUUGUCAAUGAAAUGAAGUAAAGAUUCAAAUAAAGUAAAAAGCAACAAUGGAGCACAUUAGACAAUUUGAUUGGUGUACGUCUCAACCAGACAUAUAUUUUCUGAAAGAAGAGGACAUAAGUCACAGUGUCACAGAGAAAAUUCUACGCAACAAAUUUCACAACCCCGCUAUAUCCAGCGACUCUGAGGAAGAGGGAGCAGUAAUUAAUUGGGAUGAGAUAUUUAGUAAAAAACAGAAUAUCCAGUUUCAGAAGGCCCAAAGACUGUUUGUGCCGUGCCUCCCACAACACCCGCCACCGUACCCAAAGUUGUCUGCAAUAGAUGGCCGCCAACACUACGUCUGCUUAAAAAUUAUUUGUGCAGAGAACCCUCAUAUACUGCCUGAGGAGUUUGUGCCGAGACCCAGAAAUAGUGAUCAUCGACUUUUCGAGGAAUUAAAAUCAAAAUAUGAAGAUGAAAAAAAAGAAUUCAUAGCAUGGGCCAAAACUCUCUGGACAAACAGCCAUUGUGUGAGAGCCUUGCACCCCAAGCCUCAUGUGGAGAAUGUUUACGAAUCGAGGUUCAAGAUGAGAGCCAAUGAGAUGAACUCAUACCCAAAGUCCUUUGACAUGGCCGCACAGAUACCACUGGAGGCCAGCAGUAGCACUUGUGAAAUGGUUUUCGACAAGGAUAUCAAAAGUGUGAACAUAAGUCUACUCCCUCAAAUAGAGUGUAGACCAAUGACACACAAGUUUUCCAUUAUAAGGCCUUGCAACACGCCUGAACCAUGCACCAAGCAUCCGUGCAAGUUUAUACUGCCACAUGAAAAAUCAGUAUCGAUCCUGCCAUUAACUGAAGUUCAAAGGGAGCUAGCACAAUUUGCAUUAGACAAUAAUGCACACUACAUAGCAAGUGAAAAUUCAUUGAAAUGUCUCAUAGAAACUGACCAAACAUGGGACAUUAGUGUAAAUGUAUCUGAUGUGAUUGGACCUGACGGCGAAACGACAAACGUGGUGGUACUGGGUAGUGAGUUCUCGGUUUACAAAGAAGCUGUCCUUGUAAGGACGUAUCGGGCGUUCAAACAUCUACUGCAGCACAGUCUCUUGCCACCAUCAGAAAAGCCAAAAUUAAAUUACAAAGAUCAAGAUGACAACACAGCAGAAGAGACAACUGUGGAGGACAACACAAACACUGUACCUGAAAGCAUCGACAUGGCUGUGGAUUCAGACGACGAGGAAAACUUAUGUAUAGACGAGGGUCUGCCCGACUGGUUCGCUUCCGACGAGGACAUGAGUGAGAAGGGUCAGAAGAGCAACAGUGAGAAACAAGAAACCAACAAACCUAUUGCAAGCAAAGAAAAUGAGAAAACUCAGGGCAGCAAUAACACUGAACCAAUCAAAGACAACAAUGACUUCUACAACUGUACUUGUAAAGAUACAAUAUUCGAGAGACCGCCGCCGCGGUCGUACAGACGCUGGCGCUUGAGGAGUACAACCACAGGCGAAGAGCAUCAACUGAUAGUGCAUUGUGCUCACAAAGUGCGGGAUCAACAUGGCGAAGUGGUACUGGAGCCCAUCCCGGAGUACCAGCUGGAGCUGGGCGCCAGUGCGCAGUCGCGCGACAAGAUACGCAGUCUGGCGCUCUCCUUGAGCUUGAGGGAAAACGCCUCCUUGCUGAAUGUGCGAGUGGACGGCGAUUCAGGCGAGGUGGCCACAUUCGAGAGCGUGAGCAGAGAUCAGCUGAUGGCUGUACACGGUGACGUCACGAGUGACGUGGCCAACACGUUGCACACCGCGCUCAGCCAGUUGCAGGGGCUGCUGCCCGGCAAAUACGUGUUGCGCCAUGAGCCGAGCCACGGCGCCAACGCGUUGCUGUACGCGGUGAAGGCGGGCGGCGCCCUCACGCUGGACUUCGACUGCGCGCGGCUGGCGGAGCUGGACGAGGCCAAGAGUCUGAAGACGCCGCCCACGCUGACGCCGGCGCUGCUGCCGUUUCACAAAUAUAGGAAGAUCCUCCCCCUGGCCUUCACGCCGCACCAACACCUGCUGCCGCGCGAGCCGCGCAAGCCGCCGCACCGACAGAAGACUCCGCCGCGAGCGCUGCAGUGGCCAAAGAGAAAGAAGAAGAAUAAUAAAGUGCAAGUCUUUGAAUGACUGGUGUUUCAUGACAAUAAAUACUCAUCAAAAAUAACAAAA